GCCUCACAUUAGAAUUACUGCACUGGCCAGAAUAAGUUGGAUCUCUUCUUCUCUUCACUGAAACCCAAAAUCAUAUCAAAAGCCAAAGGGAUGGUGAGAGUCCGGAGAAAGGGUUACUUUGGGAUUUGGUCAUUCCCCUUAAUAAUAGCAGUGGUGUGUGCUCAGAGUGUCAAUGACCCUAGCAAUAUGUCACUGGUAAAAGAGACCGUGGAUAGACUGCUGAAAGGCUAUGACAUUCGCUUGAGGCCAGAUUUUGGAGGUCCCCCCGUGGCUGUCGGUAUGAACAUAGACAUUGCCAGUAUAGAUAUGGUCUCAGAAGUCAAUAUGGACUAUACCUUGACAAUGUACUUCCAGCAAGCUUGGAGGGAUAAGCGGCUAUCAUACAACGUAAUACCUUUAAAUCUUACGCUGGACAAUAGAGUAGCUGAUCAGCUUUGGGUUCCUGAUACCUACUUUCUGAAUGACAAGAAGUCGUUUGUACAUGGGGUCACUGUGAAGAACAGAAUGAUUCGUUUGCAUCCAGAUGGGACUGUCCUAUAUGGUCUGAG